AUCAUAUAUAGGGAAUACGAUGCUAUCGUGACUUCAUCACAAUCUAUAGACACGUCAUGGUCAACAAAAUUGUUAGUUGUAUAUAUAAUAAAUAAACUGCCAAACACACACUUUUGCAUGUGUACACGAUCGCAACAUGGUUUAUAUUGACCGCAGUGGUCGCGUCUGGGAGAAGCGUCCUUGGGACUUCCAACGUGUUGUCGAGAUAUUUAUAGGACUUUGGUAUCUGAUACUGCAAUUCUUCCAGACCCUAUUGGCACCUUUUAACGGUGGUAAUGGAAAUAACCGCAGCAACGAACGUCGUAGCACUGGUUGGGGUGGUGGCGGUGGAGGAGGAGGCGGUGGUGGUGGGGGCGGCGGCUCCGGAGGUGGAGGUAACGGAGGUCUAAGGCCCAACCGACGCAUUGGACGCAUACAACCAACUAUUAAUUGUAGUUCAUGCUCCAUGGGCGGUGGAUGAGGAUAGCAGCGGCGUCCACGAGUCUAAAACGCUCGGUCGUCGCUGAACUACAGCGUAGUCAAAAAACAUUCAUAAAUACUCCAUAUCGGUAUUAGAUCUCGCAAGAUUUUUUGCGCAUAUGACGCAGCAUUCAUAAACUCAAAGCUGAGUGGAAUGUUGCUGAAUGGGUUUAUGCUGAUUUGAAGCUUGUUCUCUUUUGGCUACGUUUUACAAAUAAUACGAAUAUAAAUUAGCUCGAUUUUAGCAUUAAGUAAUUUUUUUCUUACAAAACCGUUCUCUAAUAUUCAACGCAACAUUAAAUUCUCUGGAAUUUAUUGGGCUACAUAAUAUACUUUACAUUACAUUAACACUAACUGAAAUGUAAUUAAAAUUGUAAAUGUAUCCAAAAAUAAUACAUUUUAUAUUUUUAAUAAGGUGUUCGAUAAUUAA